CCCAUUCGUAGGACUACAACUCCCAACGGUCUGUGCGUGAGAGGGCAGGCCGGUCCCCUCGCCGGAAGUCCGCCCUAGCUCUGAGCCCCGCGACUGCAGUCAGAGCCAGAGCCGCCCAGUCGGCGCGGGACGUGGGCCUCUGGGGUCCGGACGGGGGUCGCCAUGAUCCGCUUCAUCCUCAUACAGAACCGGGCGGGCAAGACCCGCCUGGCCAAGUGGUACAUGCAGUUUGACGAUGACGAGAAGCAGAAGUUGAUCGAGGAAGUGCACGCCGUGGUCACCGUCCGCGAUGCCAAGCACACCAACUUUGUGGAGUUCCGGAACUUCAAGAUCAUCUACCGACGCUACGCCGGCCUGUACUUCUGCAUCUGUGUGGACGUCAAUGACAACAACCUGGCCUACCUGGAGGCCAUCCACAACUUCGUGGAGGUCUUAAAUGAGUAUUUCCACAAUGUCUGUGAGCUGGACCUGGUGUUCAACUUCUAUAAGGUUUACACAGUUGUGGAUGAGAUGUUCCUGGCCGGCGAGAUCCGUGAGACCAGCCAGACGAAGGUGCUGAAACAGCUGCUGAUGCUGCAGUCCCUAGAGUGAGUGCGGCGGACGGGCCC